AUGUCUCUCCCACAAUCACCUUCUUUCCUCGCCACCCUUCUCUGUGAAGAGCAAAACUUUGAAGAUGAUGAUUCCGAUGCAACCAUUACCGAUUCUGAAACCGUUUUCGAUGACCCAUCUGGGGCUAAGCUGCAAAAGCUGCAAUCUUUACCUUUGUUUUGGGAAGACGAUGAGCUUGUUUCGUUGAUUUCUAAAGAGGGUCAGACCCAUUUGUGUUGUGGUGAUGUUAUUGUUGAUGGAUCUUUGGAUGAGAUUCGCGUUGAAGCUGUGAACUGGGUUUCCAAAGUUUGUGCUCAUUAUGGGUUUUCUACUUUGACUACUGUUCUUGCUGUUAACUACUUUGAUAGAUUUAUUACUAGUUUGAGGUUUCAGAAGGAUAAACCUUGGAUGACUCAGCUUACUGCUGUUGCUUGUUUGUCUCUUGCUGCUAAAAUGGAGGAAACCCAUGUGCCGCUUCUUUUAGAUUUUCAAGUUGAGGAAUCUAGAUUUGUGUUUGAAGCUAAGACUAUACAGAGAAUGGAGCUUUUGGUGUUGUCUACUCUGAAAUGGAGGAUGCAUCCGGUGACACCGAUUUCCUUCUUUGAACAUAUUGUUAGAAGGCUUGGUUUGAAGAGCCGUUUGCACUGGGAGUUUAUGUGGCGUUGUGAGAGGGUCCUUCUUCAUGUUAUUGCUGAUUCAAAGGUUAUGAUGAGUUAUCUUCCUUCUACAUUGGCUGCUGCUACAAUGAUCCAUGUAAUUAAAGAGAUUGAACCAUUUAAUGCAACUGAGUACAUUAAUCAGCUAUUGGGUUUACUAAAGAUUAGUGAGGAACAAGUGAACCAAUGCUACAAGCUUAUGCUGAAGCUAUUAGUUUGCGAUGAUGGCAUUUAUAGUCUUCACCAGAAACGGAAGCGAGUAUCUGAACCAAGUAGCCCGGGUGGUGUCAUUGACGCAUCUUUCAGUUGUGAUAGCUCAAAUGAUUCAUGGACCGCAGCAUCGUCCGUUUCGCUUUCACAACAGCCUAUGUUUAAGAGGAGCAGAGCUCAGGACCAGCAGAUGCGACUUCCUUCUGUGAAUCGCGUGUCUAUUGAUGUUCUUAAUAGCCCUCGUUAA